ACUGAACAAGCCAUCAUGUCUGACGACACUGCAGUGGGCACUGUAGAGACUCUCUACCUCUGCAACUUUCGUGUAUCCGUCGAUGGAGACUGGCUUUGUCUCAAGGAGCUACAGGACGCAGAAAUGGGACGCCCGCCCUCUGGAAACAACCGACCGGUCUCGCCCGGAUAUGAUGGACGAGACCCUGUGGCCAUCGAGCGCAGCAACCUGAUCAACAUCAGCAAGCUGGUGGUCAAGGAGCUGAUGGAGACUUCGGUGCCCUUCGGACGCAUGCUCGACUCAGACCAUGUCCCCCUGCAGCAUUUCUUCAUCGUGCUGGAGCACGCGCUGCGUCAUGGACUCAGGCCGAAACGGGGCCUGCUCGGUCCCAAGAAGGAGCUCUGGGACGUGCUACAGACGGUGGAACGACUGACCUCCGAGGCUGCCGAUAUCACCACCUCAGUACGGGACCUACCCACCGUACGCACCCCUCUGGGCCGCGCGCGAGCCUGGCUUCGGCUAGCCCUGAUGCAGAAGAAGCUACCCGACUACGUCCGGCUGCUGCUAGAGAAUCAGCAGGUUCUGGAGGAGCAUUAUGAACCUGGUGCGCUGAUGUUGUCGGAGGAGGCGAUCCACGUGCUCGGGUUGCUGGUUGGGCUCAACGUCAUUGACUGCAACCUCUGUAUGAAGGAGGAGGAGCUCGACUGCCAGCAGGGGGUGAUCGACUUCUCCCUCUACCUCCGAGCCUCUCCCACAGAGGAGGGAGAGCCGGGAGCUGUCGGAGCUCAGGAUAUGACCGAUAGCAAGUAUGAGAGGGUGCUCGAUCAGAAAAACUACAUCGAAGAACUCAACAGGCAUCUCAACGCCACGGUGACGAACCUCCAGUCGAAGCUGGAGCAACAGAUGGCUACCUGUGCACUGCUGAGGGAGGACCUGGCCAUAGCGCGGCAGCAGGCGGCCGGGAGACAGCCGUCGCCGGCGCCGGGCAGGACGCCCGAUACGCUGUCGGUGGCCUCUCGCUCCUCCCAGCAGAGUAGCUCUGGCGGAGGAGGGGGAGGCGGGGGAGGCUCGCCGUCCGGCUGUGCGGAGGAGCUGGAGGAUCUCCGCGCCCAGCUCAGAGAGGAGCGGGCCCACCGCAGGGAGAUCGAAAAGGAAAUGGAGAUGCAGAUUCAGAUGAAGGCCGAGAUGGAGAUGGCCACCAAGCUGCUGGAGAAGGACGUCCACGAAAAGCAGGACACGAUCGUGACGCUGCGGAGACAGCUGGACGACAUCAAGGCUAUCAACCUGGAGAUGUACAACAAACUGCAGGAGUGUCAGCAGGCUCUCAAACAGAGCAAUGACGUCGUCACUGGUCUCGAGGAGAAGAUACUGACACUGACCGCCACCAGCCGAAAAAUGGACGAAGUUCACACGGAGGCGGAGCAGCGCCGCCGGGCAGCUGAGGCGUCUCUGACAAACUUUAGUGUGAGAUCCAGCUGUUCAAGGUUUCGUCAGACCUCAAGGUCUCAUGAUCUCAUGAUUGAGCGCGAGUGGCGGGAGAGCCUUCAGGCCGGUAUGGUGGAGGAUAGGGAGAAGAUGGCCGCCCUGCAGCGCUCCAACGAGCAGCUCACCAAAAAACUGGAGGAUCAGGAAGGGACAGAUGUGGAGAUGGAGCGACUGCGGGUCCGCUGUGAGGAACACGAGAGGACCCUGGAGGAGCUGGGACACCACCUUUCAGAGUCCAAACUGAGAAUGGAGGACCUUCGUCAGACGGCGCGCUACGCCCUGGACGGCCAAUGGGUGCCCGACAGUGCCGCGCAGCACUGCAAGGGCUGCAAGAACGAGUUCACCAUCAGUCGGAGGAAGCACCAUUGCCGAAACUGCGGCGGCGUCUUCUGCAACCCGUGUUCGGACAACACGAUGGCCCUGGCCGCCUCGGCCAAACCGGUCCGAGUCUGUGACGCCUGCCAUACCUUCCUGCUACAACGGUAUCAGGCCGACUGAGGGCUGUGGGGGUACACUGGGCCGCCCUGUAUACUAUACAGGGCGGGGUGUGAGGACUGUAAGAGUGGCGGGGAUUUGGUUGGUACCGCUGAGUGAGGGCCGCUUGGGAAUCCGUGAAUGCUGCCAAGAUGCAGGGAAUGACACAUGGACUACAUGACAGUCGCGGAGAGGGAUUCAGUGAAGAUUGCAAUGGCUCAGUGAAGAUUGCAGAAUGCAGUGAGUCAGUGAAGGUUGCAUGAAGUCACUGCGAAGGUUGCAGGGACUCGGUGAAAUCUAAGGGACUCUGUGAGGAACUCGACUGAGUACUCAGUGGGAAUCUCGAAUCUCGUGUCAGAAAUUCGCUGAGAGUAUCUGGAACUCAAUGAGUGUCGCGGCACUAGAGAGUCCUAGAACGCCCACGGUGCGGAACUCUCAUCCGCUCAUCCGUGCGUACACUGCGAGGACUAUUAAAGUCUAUGAGCUUCGCUGGACGUUGUGAAAAGCCCAGAGGCUCGUCGUUCUUGGACCGACGGAGGACGAAACUCGUUGUGCUACGAGACGCAGUGAAGCGCGCUAGCGAUCACGCGAUUCGUAUGGACAUGUAGUUGGUUCUCUCGGUAUCGAAGAUGUGCGAAGGAGUUUGUUAGUCUGCCUGAGCUUGCAGUUCAGGAGAUGCUUUAUAACGACAAACGUUUUGUUUUGGAGGGUUGGGAGGAUUAUGGAAAAGACAUUUGGUGAAGUUAUGUCGAGAGUUGUGGUCACUGUGCGCUAUUUGAUGUGUCGUUGUCCGGAAUUGAGCUACUGUAGGUCGUAGGUGGAUUCAUUUAUGUGCCGUGGACUGGCCGUGUGUACUGUAGUGGUGAUGUCCGAGCUCAGUCUCUCCAUGUUGAAACUUGAAAGUGAUUUGCACUUGUCCAUAGGUGUCAGAAAGCGAACGUUGCUAUAUUUAUUGGAAGUUAUGCGUUUGGUAGUCCAACAUUCACUUAAAAGUGAUAAACAUUAGUCAACAAUAUGCUAUCAAUGUGACAAGCUACUGAAACCAUGGCAUGUGCACUCGUAUAAUUCUGCAUGUAACCCCGAAUUUAAUUGAUGCGCUACUUUCUGGUUAAAACCAGGGCUGCGGAGUCGAUGGAUUUUCGGCGACUCCGACUCCGACUCCGACUCCGGCUUUCAAAAACCAGCUCCGACUCCGACUCCGACUCCGUGCAGAAUUGUCGUUUCCGACCGACUCCAACUCCCGACUCCGACUCCGCAGACCUAGCAGGGCUGCGGAGUCGACAUAUUUUCGGUGACUCCGACUCCGACUCCGGCUCGGGUUUCUAAAAUCGACUCCGACUCCGACUCCGACUCCGGUCACAGCUGUCGACUCCGACCGACUCCGACUCCGACUCCGACUCCGCAGCCCUGGUUAAAACCAUGAUAGUGUGAAGUUCCAACAUCAUAACGUGCAAUGAAUUAUAACAAAAAGCGGAAGAGAAUAGCUGGCUUCCCUGUAACGCCAAUUUUAAUAUGCUUCCACCGCAAAUGAAUGCUAUGAGCGCUAACCCGUGUGUGAUACUGCAGUGAUUUGUAAUAGCAUGUAUAUUUUAUCUACAGAGGGUGUUUGAAGGUGAACUAUCCAGAACAUGUCAUAUUGUGUGCAGUGUGGAAAACAUUCAUUCCUAGAGAAAACUACACGCGCUUGUAUGCGUACAUUGAGACAAUUGUCGCGAGUGUUGUAGUGGGGCUUGGUAGAGGCUAUUUUAAAAGCGGUUGCGCUGCACUGCAGGAAUAACUCAUGAGCUCGUAUUGACAGAUCACAAAAGAAAUGACAGGUGCCCGUUUUCUGGGCCCUGUAUCGUCACAGCUAAACUGAGUAAGACAUUGCAUAAGCCUGAAACCUGUUACACCCAUUUUGCAUCUUAAACGUCCCCUUUCAGCAGCCACACGUUUUGUUUGUUGGCCGAACUGUUUACAUUUCGCUCCAACAGCCACGUCGUUCUGCCCUAUAUAAGUUCUCAGUUUGCGUUGUGAAAACGAAACAGCGUAGUUAUUCUAUUUCCAUAGCCAGGCCAGUUUUACAUUUCAUUUGUCUUUAGUCUGAGUGGCGCAGGCGCGCAAUGUAGGCUUUUGAGCUCUGAAGGGCUCGGAAGCAAGGGAGAAAGAUGUUUUAUGUUCUGGUAGCCGCUCAUUGUAUCCGUUUUUAUGCCGUGUUGGGGGCCAGAUCCCAUGCUAAGCGUGAUUUUCACGCCACGUUGUCACACGUAACCCAGAGUGUAUUUGUUCAGUGUCGGGUAAGGGCUAAGGCUCAGAAGUUACGGGCCGGUGACUUUCGUUGUAACGUGUAAUAUGUAUCUGAAUCACUUGUGAAAUGUGUGCUGGAGGCAAAUAUACCGUUUUGUGUA